AUGUGCUGGCACAACUACACCCAACACUCGGGCUGCGGCCACCAAGGCGAAGUCCACGACGAGCGCUACACCCUCUGCGACCUAGCCUACACCGCCCUACUGUCCAAGCGUGGACCCAGCCCACCUCAGGACUUCAACUUCUUCCCACAAGCACCGAAGCGCGCAAACACCACCAUCUCGCGCCUCUUCCCCAGCCUAAGCCGAUCAGACACCGCAGCAAGCACUUGCUCACGACGUACGGUUUCCGGACCUGAAUCUGUAGGUUCAAAUCGCGCUUCAACAAUGUCUGGAGUUAGUAGUCAAUUUCCUGAUCACGAGAUGCUGCCCGCGGCGGAGACGUGUCCAAAUCUUGAGACCAGGGUUCGUGUAAGUAAUAAACCGGGCCAGGUGUGUAAGGAGUGCGCGAAGUGGAUUGAGCACAUGCAGAACAUGAUUGAAGGGUACAACAAAGGGCGGGGAGUACGUGGUACCGCGGCAUUCAAGGAGUUUCUUGAGGAAAGACGUGAGUAUAAGGAGCGUCUAGGAGAGCUCUAA